UAUUUCUUUAAAAUAAACUACUGAUUUAUAAAUCAGUAGCUCUCAAAGGCAAGCCAGGCUCCUCUGAAUGGAAGAUAAAUUUAAUUAUGUCAUUCAGUAAUGGAGCAGCGAUGCUCAGAUUGCGGACCAAGCCUGCAGUGCAUGAUCCAGAGCUGGUUUGUGAAACCAUUAAUAAAAAAUAAGGACAUCGCAGUUUUUGUUGCACUGAUGAUAUACAAAGAUACUUGGCUGUUGGCAGUGGGUGUUCAGUCAUAGUGCUGUUGUCACAGCCAGACAAAAAGCUGUUUUCACAGGGGUCUGGAGUGGGCAGUGGCAGAGCCCAGGGCAGGAAGGGACAGUAGCACUACCAGCUGGUCUUAGCCUGCUGUGGAAAUCCUGUUACUUCUGUGCCCUGGCUUGAACUCUGGAUCCAGCUCUUAUCAGACUGCCCUGUUCAUGAACUCAUCUGGUUCCUUCUUGAAGCAGUCUGCAUGGACAUUGUCCCUACUGCUGAGGUAUGAAGUCCAUCCCAAGCUCCAGACUGUCCCAUUUUCAGAAUAAGUUAUUCACAGAAUGACUGCCUUGUGCACAAUGAAACAUUUAUGUCAAGCAACCAGAAAUGAGAACAGAUAUGCAAAAAGGUUCUUUGGUACUCUUCUGACACAGUCAACACAAAAGUGGCUCUUUUCUCCAUUCUGGAUAGUGGUACCUGACUCUAGGAAGUCAGCUGUGUUUGAGCUUACUCAGCCAUUUUGUACAGAUGAAAAAUCUCGUGCACAACCAAAAAGUAAAGCAGCAUUUGGAAGUGUUGGGCGAAGAAUUCCCUAUCGUAUUUUGCACGUAAUCAGCCAGGAUGGGGAGAGCUUAGGAAACAUGCACCGAGCAGAUGCACUCAGACUUAUGGAUGAACGUGGCCUGAAACUGGUUCUGCUUCGUGAGAAUGUAGAACCUCCAGUUUACAGACUAAUGACUGGACAGCAGAUUCAUGAAGAACAGCUUAAACGUGCAGAGAAGAAAAAAUCAAGUCCAAAGCCAGGAGUGGUUCAGAAGGAGUUAUCCUUUUCUUCAGCUAUUGCCAAGAACGACUUAGAGACCAAGACUAAACAGAUAGCACAGUGGAUUGAAAAGAGACACCAUGUUAAAGUUACCAUCCGGCAAGCAAAAGGUAGCAGUACAGACAUGUUCAUGCUUUUUGAUCAAAUUUUGGAGACUGUGUCUGAGAAAGCCACUUAUCUUUCCAAGCCAAAAGUUGCUAGAGAAGGAGUGAGUACCUGUAUUUUGAGGCACAUGUCUGACAAAGAGUUGAAAGAACACCAGAAGAUGGAAAUCAAGAAAAACAAUACAGUAAAGAAAGAUGAAAACAAAGAUCUGAAGUCAAAUGAGUUACAUCAGUGACCUUCUGAAGCGGUGUAAACAAUAUAUUUAUUUAAAAAAUAAAAAAUAUUAAUUUUAGUUAAAGUUAUUGUUGAGUUCUGUACUGGUCA